ACCGAACCAAAGAGACAACCUAAAGUACAGAACAGUCCACGGCGCCGCGGCACCGAGCGACCCCGCGGGAGUCCCUGGAAGACGACGAAGCGGCGGCGACGACCGCAAGCUAUUGUUGCGACCUGGAUGGCCUCCGGAGGCAUCGCCCGCGGCCGCCUAGCGGAGGAGCGCAAAUCGUGGCGCAAGAACCACCCCCAUGGCUUCGUGGCCAAACCGGAGACCCUGCCGGAUGGGUCCGUCAAUCUCAUGCUCUGGCGGUGCGUCAUCCCCGGCAAGCCAGGGACUGACUGGGAGGGUGGAUAUUUCCCACUAACUCUGCAAUUUGAUGAUAAUUACCCAACUACCGCUCCUAGCUGCAGGUUUCCAGCAGGUUUCUUCCAUAUCAAUGUGUAUGAUUCGGGAGCAGUAUGCCUAUCGAUCCUGGGUGCUGCAUGGAAACCUUCAAUUACAGUGAAGCAGAUUUUGGUAGGCAUCCAGGAGUUGCUUGAUGACCCGAAUCCUAACUCGGCUGCACAGCAUCGAUGCUACGAACUCUACAAAAAGAACAUGCCAGAAUACAAGAACAAAAUCCGUGAGCAGGCCAAACGCUACCCUUCGCGCAUGUAGCUAAAUAAUAAUCUUGCGUCGGCUAGGGUUUAGUGCUGCAUGAUAUUAGUAUGCGUUUCGAUGGAACUGGAGGCUAGAACUCAACGCGCAUGUAGCUAAAUAAUAAUCUUGCGUCGGCUAGGGUUUAGUGCUGCAUGAUAUUAGUAUGUGUUUCGAUGGAACUGAAGGCUAGACCUCAACUGUGUUGGGGCGUAAAUUGUCACAAUGGUAGUGUAUCUGUUGGAACUGCAAACAUGCACUUUGAGUCCAUCUUCGCUACGAAUUGCUUUGGGCCUUCUAGCUUAAAUCAAUAUAUAUUUGGGGUGAGCUUUGCUGACCCUUUUUUUUCA